AUGCAUUCAUUACUUCUCACCUAUAUUCUUCUCAAUCUAGCUGUACCUGUUGCUACUUCUCCCAUAGGGACUUCGGAGAACAAAAAUGUGUUCAACGAGAUAAGAGACGAAUACAAUGUUAAUAAAAAGUGUGCUGAGGAAGACGAUCCUCAUAUUGGCAGGCAUGACAUCGUUGAUACAGUUGAUCGCGGAUUCUCUCCAUAUUUUCCACGCAUUGGCAUUUUGAAGCUAAUGAAGGAAAAAUUGGAAUACUAA